GGGUGCGAGAGAGCGAAGAGCAGUGGUGAUUGAGAAUGAAGCUCUGGCCGCUGCUCAUUGCUGGGCACCAGCAGGUCUCUGCUGGUGUCGCGCGAAGUGGUCAGAGGAUAGCCUUGAGUGGUCAACGCAGACAACAACAGCAGCAGAACGACCGAAAACGGGUUGGUGGGCGUAAGCAGACCCCGGUAGAGGCCGAGGCAGCACGACAGGCCGAGCUUGAGGCCGAGGCAAACGCUGCCGCCGCCUCCUUGGGCUCCGCGCCACCAGUUGCUAUCAAAACUGGCAAAUAUGGAACAGAAGGAGCGAUUGGCAAAGUGAUCAAACUACUUAUGGACAUGAAGAAGAACGUUCUGGGAGACAAUGAGCGGGACAAGCGAAUGUAUGACCAGUUCGCGUGCUUCUGUAAGGAGGAGGGUGCAGCUAGGGGCACCACUAUCGAGGAUGCAAAAACGCGACUUACCGAGCUUACGAAGCUCAUUGGUACAUCUUCCUCGCUAAUUACGGAGGCUGAACUCCAGAUCGCUUUCGAAACAAAGAAUAUCGCCAAAGAGAAGAAAAAACAAGAGAAGCUCACGAAGGUAGUUCUACAUCAAGGUUUUUGACCAAAAGGAAGAUCCAGUUCUUCGAAUCCUCCGCAUGAAUACGAGGACACGACUACAUUUAUCUCUACAAGAAGCACUGGGGUUACCUAGCGAUACCUUCUGGACUUUGAGAGGAUCAAGAACUAAGACUUUAAUUUUGUCGAAGAUGCAUUCAAUGAGCAUGCAUUUCAUCGUCUUUUCGCUGUGUUUCGAUGGAGCUGAAAUAGAAUCUAGUGGAUACGAUCACGCCGAAGCCAGUUUUGACACAUGUAAAGUAAUUUCAUGUCAAGAGGCCAAUCCUCCGUCUACGCACAACUACCCCUUUGAUUUCUGCAUCGACGGUGACAGGCUCACGUCACUGACUAGUACUUACAAACGAGGAAAAAUAUAUUCGUAAGUUGGCACUUGAUUUCCGAAACAACACACCAGCGUAUGGACGAGGAUGAUGCCGAUUUUAACAAGAGGAAAGGCGAAAAUAUUGAGACACUAAACGUGCUCACAAAGGCAGUCUCCGUGUUAUCAAAGCCGCGCAGCUUUUUGCAAACGGAGCGGGAGGAGGUAAAACAAGCUCCAGUAUGGGGAGUACAUAUGAAGACUUUUCUUUUAUAGUGAUGGUACAAAUUGAGCGUUUUUUUUGCCAAUAUCAUAAAAAUCUAAAUUUUUCUAAAUUUUGUUUGCAGCGCCAGCGAACGCUCGCGCUCGUUCAGCAGCUGACUGGGAAAUCCGUAGGUGAGGGAACGAUGGGACAGGCGACUGGAUAUCUUGUCGAUCUCAAAAAGCAGACUGCAGUGGAUCUGCAGGGCGAUACCAUUGAAAACGUCAACGCGCGUAAAAGCUACACGAAAGAAAUGCUCCUUAGUGAACAGGCUAUCGCGGAGCAUGAGUUUAUAAAGAAAACGCAAGAAGGGAUUCUUGCCGAGAAUAUGAAGCUCAAGGGCGAGUACGUUGAGGUACUUACUAUUUGUCUACCUUGGAGACAAGCUUGCACAGAAUUUAGAUUUUUUAGAGUUCUGGGAUCGCUCGAGCCAGUCUGGACCAGAAGAGUCAUUGGCCAACUGAGAUUCAUGAUGUUGGACGAUGCCUCUGCCAGGAAGCCGAGAACAAAUGUCUCUCUCCUCUCCUCGCAUAGCAUUUUCAUGAUACGUUGUCAGGAAUAUAACGCAGUCAAGCAGAAAAUGGACGCCGAUGUGGAGUUUUUCGACAACAUGCAAGCUGAUUGCAACGCCCGCAGCAAAUUUUAUUCCCAGCAAGUAACGGAUGCGGAGUCGGAAAUUUCUGCUAUUGAAGCAACUCUGCCGAUUCUCGAGAGUAUCAUGGCCGGCGACAACGCUCCUUCACCGACUUUUGUCCAGGUACUCCAUAUUUCACUUCUGCAUUUGCGGGGUUUGUUAGUGUAAUUUUCUCACAGAGUUCGUGCACUAGUUUGGUUGAGUUAGAAUCUUGAGUGGAGAAAAGGGGCGAAUUGAUUAUGCGAUUCGGAAUUAAGAUGUUAACAGAUCGAAUUGCGAAUCAAUGCGGCACUUCUCACACCAGGUUCGUUCUACCCUGGGCUCUCGAGUGGAUAAGGUUUCGCGAUCUAUCCACCGCUUGCCGGUGGAGAUGAAGCGAGCGGUGAUGGCCUUUCUAUCCCAGAGCGACGCCACAGCGCUUUCUGCGACCGAGAAGAUUGUCAAGAAGUGUGAGGACAUGAUCACAACUUUGCAAAAGGAGAUUAUGGAUACGGACGAAGCCAAAAACACCUGCGUGGAGACCACUCAUAACCUAGAGAUGGCGAAAGAGACGGCGACGCAGGUCAAGGUCGCUGCUGAAGACGCAGUCACUGCGACGAAGCAAGACAUUCGCUUUGUGGAUGAUGAAGUCAAGAAGGUGAUCGGUGAUAUCGCCGUCAACGAGAAGACGAAAUCUGACCUCGACACAACAUGCGCGCAGACUGCCAGCACCCUGAAAACGCAAAAGGAGGAGCUCACGGCAGAAAAAGCAGCAGUCGAGGCUGCGACUGAGAAAUUGGCCGAAGCUUACGGUGACGAUGCGCUAGCGGCAUUGAAGGAGCACGAGCACUUCACAGUACUACUUACUUCCUAAUGUUGUACCUCUGCAAAUGUCAUUUUGUGUCUUUUAUUUUUGAAGACUGAAUUUGAAACCAGUGCUCAACCUGUUGUAAAAACGCGAAGCUAAGAAUAAUUUCCAUAUAUAUAAUUUCCUUCCACCUCGUCCUCAGGCUGACUACAACAACCAGUACAAUGCGAUGGCCUCGAAUCAGACGAAAACAGAACAGGCGACUGAUUUCACCGACCAGAACGCUCGGCGUUCGGGUGGGGCGAAGAUUGUCACGAUGCUGUUGAUGAUCAAGGACAACCUCGCGAAGAAUCUAGCUGACACUAUCGCCGAGGCAGAAGAGAGCGAGAACAGCUGCAUCAAAGGCAAGGCUGAGCUGAUCCUCGCACACGAGAAGCUGACGGAUCUAAAAAACGAGAAGACCGACGAGAAAGUGACGCUGUCGAAGAAGCUGAAGACCGAGAAGCUGGACUUGGAGAGCAAAACGACCGAGGAGACAAAUGCGCAGCAAGCGUUGGAGGACUAUGGUAACUGCGCGCAGAAGAUCGAAGUCUACAACAACGCGAUGCUCGCGAGGCAAACCGACAUCGAUAGCAUCAAUGAAGUGAUUCACUUUCUGCAGACCAUUUCCGCAGACACCGACGGCGCUGUAUCCCUCGUCGACGAUACAGACCUCACGCUCGCAGACUACAAGUAAAUUAGGAGCAAGACUGGGGUCGGUUAGGGGCAAGCUGCCGAAGAUGAAGGACAUAGUGAGGACUUCAAAAUUUGGAUCACUUCGAGGUUCAACUUUGAUUUGUGUAAAUACUCCUGCGUUUGAACAAAAAUGUAAUAGCUAAAAAACACGAAAAAUAGGAUGGGAUAGGAUUUGAUCCGCCAUCCACAGUUUUCCCCGCAUACUCAAGCGGAUAUGCGCAGCCUCAGAAGGACGGCUUGAAUUUAGUUAUCUACCGAAAAAUACACAUAUAAAUACAUAAUCACUUCUCGAAUUACGCCGAUCAUGUAGAGGAUAGACAAACCUUAAUCAGACUUGCAUACUCCGAGAGCUGUGCAUAGUCAAUGUUACAUCAUUUUAGAAAUGACGGAGAAAAAGGUAUAGGUGCUUGCUCUGGCUGUCGACAGCGCUGUGAUGUAGUCGCGCGUAGAACAUGUGCUUGUACAGAUAUUUGAACGUGACAGUGUAGGCAAGAAAAGAAAAUGCAAGUCUAAAUUCAUGUCGUUACCGCGGGGAUUAUCGAACGGGCUAGAUGCAACUAUCCAACGGACUUACGUAAUGUAUCUUUUCAAAUAUCACCUGAAUUUGUAGUGUCAUGUGCCUUUUUGUUCAAGAGUUGAUAUUUUUCUGUUUACCGUUGCAGUUACUUCGCUUUUAUGUUUUUGGGUUUCAUUUUAGGGUGUUUCUGUUUUUUUUUCUGUUUGCAAAUAACUCACACAAGGAUGCGUGCGUGUAGUUCAAUUUCAAUUCUGUUUCCUUUUCGAUUAUUGUUUACCUGAGAGAUCGAGACCGUUCGGGUAAUCCUAUAUUGUUAUGUUUGCACUUCCUUACAUAUUAUCCUUCGUAAAUUCCUAUUUCGAGAUCGUGGGCACAUUUUUUCCAAUGGUAUGCACGGAGUAGCCUAUCUCAUGCGCGUCUUCGGGAAUGUCGACUGAUGGAAUACUGAGGAGGGUCAAGGUGUCGGUAAAAAAACUAGGUCUGUCUGUAGCACAUGUGACCAUGUAGUAGCUUUUAAUCAGCGUCAGGGGC